AACGAGUUUACACUUCUAAGUCAAAAGGGACCCAAUAUGAAUUCGUCACAUUACUUUAUCAGGUGUUCUCGGAUCACUGUGCAUUUAGAAAUCAAUGGAGCGCUGUAUGCAGCAGUUUGUUUUAGUUUUAUUUUAUCUGUUCCAAUUAUUUUUUUAAAUUUCUACAUUGUUGGAAUAACCUAUUACAGUCGGAAUAUGCAAAACCCUGCAAACAUAUUGUUAGCUAUUACAGCGAUUUAUUAAUUGGAAUGUUUUCAAUUUUUCCGUGGGGAGCUGUUGUGAUAAUGUCAACAUUACGGACGCAUAAUUGUAAUUUAUUUUUAUUUGUGGUUUUUACAGUUCACUCGUCUGGGUUUAUAUCUUUUUUAACAGUUUUCUUGGGUUCAAUUGAUCGGUAUCUGGCCGUUUUUCAACCUUUUUUGUACCAAAAGCUCAUUAAUAAUAAUCCACGCUUUUACUUCAAAUGGGUCUGUAUUAUUGCAAUUUGUGUUUUUUUAGUAACAGGAUUGAGCUUUUUAACCGAAAAUAGAAAAUUAAUUGAACUAGUUAUAAUAUUCAUGGCUUCGAUAAUCAUACCAAUAGUUUUUUAUAUUCAUGCUCGAUUGCACAUCAGAGUAAAAAUGGUUCAACAAAUGAUUUCAACACAAAAUCCAAAAGAAAAUGUUUCAGAUGGAAAUAAAAAUAAUUCCAUAAAAAAUAAAAAUGAGCACAAAUUAAAAGACCGGAACUUAGUUGCGAGAAAAAAAGUUGAAAAAGACAUGAAAAUGAACAAUUUAACAUUAAUGGUUUAUUUAUCUACAAGCAUUGCGUAUCUACCAUUCGUUUCAUUGCUAAUUUUAUGGCAUAUUAAAAGUGUUAGCUAUACUUGGCCAUGGACACAAACUUUUUAUGUGUGGGCAUGUUCUCUAACAAAAACUAAAUCUUUAACAAAUCCUGCAAUUUACUUUUAUCGAUCUAAAAUAUUGCGUCGGAGCUUUAGUCGUAUAAGUAUAAAGCUAUCAGAAUCCUAAUGAUAAAAUCAUCAAAACUAUGAGUAUUUUUUGAGUGAUUAAAAACUUGAAACGAAUGAGUUUGCUCUCAGUAAAUAAUAGAUUUUGCACUGAAUAUUUGAUGUUUAACUAAUUUUAUACUUUUUGUAUUAACAUUUUUAUAAUCUGACAGAAGAUAACAAAGGAAAAUUAUUAAAAACAUA